GUUACGCUAUUCACAACAACUUACUCUACCACAUCUGCAGCUUUCAAUCCUUUCUAGGAGACGGUCAUUAGCACAACAACCUUUCUGCACAUGCUUCUGUCCCGGGAAGCCGGGCUGGCGCCCGCUGUGGGUGGUCGGCUUGUACCAUGUGCACCAAGGCCGUUCCGGAGGCAGCGAAUUCCGCUGCCGGGCGUCUCUUCAGCGUGCAGUUCUGGACGUUUUGUCAGCGGCGCCCGCCUCAACGGGUGCUCUUCCGCUCGGCCGCAGCGCGACGGGAUUAUGGCAUCAGCGGUGGCAGCUGCACCCGUCUUCGCAGUGCAGAAGGACCUCGCCCUGCGUAACGGGGCUCGAGUUCAGGUCACUGUGGAGCAGACCGACUCGAAUGAUCAGAUUAUCAGUAUCGAGAGCGACGUGCAGGCGGGGCGCCUGCUGUUGCAUUGGGGCGUCGAGGGAGGAAAGGACUACAAGGGGGGCUGGCGCCUGCCGGGAGCUGGAGCUCGCCCUGAGGGCACGGUGCAGUAUAAGGAUCGCGCGCUGCAGACCCCUUUCAGGCUGGACACCAACGGCCGCGCGCGCGUGGUGCUUCACUUGGACGGCGAGGAGGCGUCGGACUUCCUGAACUUCGUGCUGAAGGACGACGCCACCAACACCUGGUACGACAACAACGGCACCAACUUCAAGGUGGAGCUGCGCGCCGACGCCUCGCCCAGCGCGCCCAAGCUGGACCAGCUGCCAAAGGACCUGUGCGACAAGUGGGCCUGGGUGCGCUGGGACUUUGUGGGCCGGCCGCAGCGCUCCGCCGAGGCGGCCGCCUCCGAGUACGACCGCGGCGUCAGCGAGAUGAAGGAGCUGCUGGCGCGCGGGCGGGUGCUGGACGAGCUGUGGCGCGUGGCGGAGGGCAAGUGGAAGUAUUCGGACUACCGCAAGAAGGUGGUGACGCCCACCAUUGGCGACGGCACCGCGCCGCUGUCCGCCCAGCCGCAGGCGCAGCAGCCCGCGGGCGCCCCGGCGGCGGCGGCGCUGCCGGCCAUUCCCGAGGACCUGCUGGGCGUGCAGGCCUACAUCCUGUGGGAAAAGGCGGGCAAGCCGGACGGGGCGGACUUCAGCCUGGACGCGCGCAGAGUCAUCAACGACCAGCUGGCGGCGGGCUCCAGCCUGGAGGAGGUGGCGGGCCGCCUCAACUACACGCUGAAGCAGCCCACGCCGCCGGCCUCCACGCGCGGCACGCCCGCCGGCAGCCGCGCCGGCAGCGCCACCUCGUCGCUGGACGGCGGCGCGGCGGCGGCGCCCGCGCGGCCCUCAGGCCCGCCGCCGCAGGUGGGGGCGCCGCUGGGCACGCCCAAGCGCAACCCGCUGGACAUGAUCAAGCGUACCGCGCCCAACCUGUCUGCCGAGCGCUCGGUGGUGGAGCGGCCGCUGGACUUCCUGGUGCAGCGCUUUGCGGUGGACCCCGCCACCAAGUGGCGCCGCACAUUCCCGCUGGGCGGCAAGGCGGAGAUGCUGGUGGUGGUGCGCCAGGAGGCUGAGAACAAGCCCAUUCGUGUGGACCUGGUGACGGACACGGCCUCGGACGUGGUGCUGCACUGGGGCGUCAGCCCCAUUGGCUCCCGCGAGUGGGUGAUGCCGGACGACGGCGUGCUGCCCGAGGGCAGCAUGGUGAUGCACAAGGCGGUGGAGACGCCCUUCCUCAACUGCGACGACGACGAGUGCGACGUGGAGAUCAGCGGCGCCAAGGUGCCGCUGCAGCGCAUCACCAUCAACCUGCCGGCGGACCACCACCUGGGUGCGCUGCUGUUCGUGCUGCGCUCCAGCGACAACACCAUGUGGUACAAGGACGCGGGCGGCAACUUCACGGUGCCGCUGCCCUCCAAGGACAAGCCUGUUGAGGACACUCGCUCCAUGGACGUCAUCAAGGACGAGCUCAGCCGCACCAUCAUCGAGGCGGAGGUCAACAGCAGCAUGUGGACACUCAUGCACAGGUUCAACAAGGCCGCGGACCUGGUCAGCGAGGUGCUCAACGGCUACUACGACCAGCUGGACGUGGCCGACGCCAUGAGCCGCAUCUACGUCUGGCUGCGCUACAGCGCCACCCGCCACCUCACCUGGCAGCGCAACUACAACACGCAGCCGCGCAUCCUGUCAGCAGCGCAGGAGCGCCUCACCAACACCAUCGCCAACGCGCACGGCCGCACCACGGGAGAGGCGCAGGAGUGGGUGCGCAUGAUGCUCACAACGGUGGGCCGCGGCGGCGACGGCCAGAAGAUCCGCGACGAGAUCCUGCACAUCAUGCACCGCAACCACAUCCCCGAGCGCAAGGGGCUGUGGAUGGAGGAGUGGCACCAGAAGCUGCACAACAACACCACGCCCGACGACGUGCCCAUCUGUGAGGCCUACCUGGCCUUCCUGGAGGGCAACGGCAACAUCGGCGCCUACUGGCGUGUGCUGUCGGACGCAGGCAUCACGCGGCAGCGGCUGGAGGGCUUUGACCGCGCCAUCACGCUGGAGCCCGAGUACUACCCGGAGAAGCGCGACGCGCUCAUCCGCGACUUCCGCAACUACCUGGGCAUCCUCAAGGCCGUGCACAGCGGCGCCGACCUGUCCGCCAGCGCCAGCGCCGCCGGCAACAGGAUCCCCGGCUCCUGCCGCGGCUACCUGGGCUACGUGCUGAGCCACGUGGGCGACAGCCAGAUCCUGCCGCUGCUGGAGGCGUGCGUGGAGGCGCGCACCGAGCUGGCGCUGAGCGGCACGCUGCCCGGCAGCCGCGAGCUGCUGUACCUGGACCUGGCGCUGGAGGACCAGGCGCGCCAGGCGGCGGAGCGGGGCGUGGGCGCGGCGGGCUUCGGCGCCGCCGCCUUCAUGCGGCCGCUGCUGCAGAACCUGUGCCUCAGCCUGGGCAACAACGAGGAGCUGUGCUACUGCCUCAAGGCCUGGAACGAGCUGCCCCAGUCGGUGCGCACGGGCGGGCGGCCCAACAAGGAGGAGGCGCUGCUGGCGGUGGCGGUGGUCAACCGCGUGCGGAGAGCGCUCGCGGACAUCUCUGACCGCACCGUGAACCGCAUCGGCGACGUGUCGUCCGCCUACGGCCGCGCGUUCGGCGUGGAGCACUGGGCCUACGAGCUGUUUGCGGAGGAGGUCAUCCGCGGCGGGCCGGCCUUCGCGGUGUCGCUGGUCAUCACCGCCAUUGAGCCCAUGCUGCGCAACGCCGCGGCGCUGGGUGCGUGGCAGGUGAUCAGCCCCAUUGCGGCCACGGGCCGCGUGGAGGUGGUGGCGGGACUGCACGAGGUGCAGGACAAGACCUACGACACGCCCACCGUGCUCAUCGCGGAGCAGGUGACUGGCGAGGAGGAGAUCCCGGAGGGCUGCGUGGCCGUCAUCACGCCCGACGCGCCCGACGUGCUGUCGCACGUGUCGGUGCGCGCGCGCAACAUGCGUGUGCUGUUCGCCACCUGCCACGACGACGGGCCGCUCAAGCAGCUGCGCGAGGCCAAGGGCAAGUGGCUGCACUUCACGCCCUCUGCCAGCGGCGCCGUGUCCUGGAAUGAGACCACUGCGGAGGCGGCGGGCGCAGCGGACGACAGCUCGCACUCCACAGUGUCCAAGCCCACGAAGGGCCUGAAGAUUGAGGUGCCCAACUGGUGCGGGCGCUGGGUGGUGGGCAUGGACGAGUACAAGGACGGCGUGGUGGGCGCCAAGUCCAAGAACCUGGCGGGCCUGCGCGGCCGCCUGCCCGACAACAUCAACCUGCCCGCCUCCGUCACGCUGCCCUUCGGCUGCUUCGAGCAGGCGCUGGAGCUGAAGGAGAACCAGGACAUCAAGACCAAGCUGAAGAAGCACGUGGACGAGGUGCACAAGCACUCCAAGCACCACGCCGACCACACCACCUCCAACGGGACGGGGCCGUCGCCGGCGGCGCUGCUGGCCGAGUGCCGCAAGCUGGCCAUGCAGGUGGUGGUGCCCAAGCAGAUCCGCGACGACCUGGCGCAAGCCAUGAAGGGCGCAGGCAUCCCGCCGCCCGAGACCGAGGAGCGCUGGGCGCUGGCGCUGGAGGCCCUGCGCGGCGUGUGGGCGUCCAAGUACAACGACCGCGCCUACUACUCGCUGCGCAAGGCCGGGCUGGACUUUGACAGCGUGCGCAUGGCGGUGCUGGUGCAGCGCGUGGUGCCGGCGCAGUACGCGUUCGUGAUCCACACGCGCAACCCCUCCAACAACGACGAGCGCGAGGUGUUCUGCGAGCUGGUCAAGGGCCUGGGCGAGUCGCUGGUGAGCGGCAUGGUGCCCGGCAGCGCGGUGGCGUUCAAGGCCGCCAAGGACGAGGCGGGGCUGGGGUCGCCCGAGGUGCUGUGCUACGCCAGCAAGAGCGAGGCCAUGUACGUGCGCGACAGCCUCAUCUUCAGGUCCGACUCAAACGGCGAGGACCUGGAGGGAUACGCAGGCGCCGGCCUGUACGAGUCCAUCACCAUGGACCCCAGCCUGCUCAAGAAGGUGGACUACAUGGAGGACCGGCUGGUGCAGGACCCCGCGUACAGGCGCGACCUGCUGUCGCGCAUCUGCCGCCUGGGCGCCUCCAUUGAGGGCGCGCUGGGCACGGCGCAGGACAUUGAGGGCGUGGUGGCGCCCGACGGAGCCAUCACCGUUGUGCAGACGCGCCCGCAGGUGUAGACGUGAAAGGCUGCAUGGCGGGUGCCCAGGGGGUGCGGGGGCCGGGAGCUGGAGCAGCACUGCGUGGGCGUGGACGUGUGUUGUGAGGGCCAACGGCUUUGGCCGUGUUGCCGCCGUGUGGCGGGCCAGGCGUGCGUCUGGUGUUCGUGAUGACGGGUGUGCAGAGAGCUGGCGGCGGGGGGCCUUGGUGCUCAUACAGAUGUGUGUGGACUUUGACGCCAUCCUAGAGGAGCACGUGGGUGGGAGGCACACCUAUUUUAUUGCGCCCGUUAUAUGUGUUUCCGCUCUGAUGUAUGGGUGUGUGAUACGUUUGUGGUCCAGCCCAGCGGGCGUGCUCAUCGCUGCCCGGAGUUUUACGCCCGGAGUGGGACCUUGGCAAGAAGAUUACCGUAAUAAGAGUAACUUCGUCUGGCGAGGGCCAAAGCAUUGACAUCACAGAGCCCGUAACAAUUACGAGUUGCACCUGUGUGACAGAGAUUUGUUCGCCGCCUUACAGCGUGAUGGCCCUAGGAGCGCCGACGGAAUGGCUGUUUGCCGGGGUUGCUUGCAUGGCGAGGCGCUGGCGUGGCCUCAUCAAUACGCAAGUGUCGUCGUGGUGCAGUCAGGUACCGCGUUGUGCAGUGUCGCUCGAAGGUGGUGGAGACGUGCGGUGGGGUGUACAGUGCAGCCGCCCUCGCAGCUCUAUCUGCAUGCGGUGUGGGCGGCUGACGGGACGUUUGGCAGACUCGUUGGGUGCGUCAGUGUGGCGGUCAGUUGGAGGUGUGUGUUAAUACUUAGUAGGGGAGCUUCCAUGCGCAUAGCGGUGCACUGGAAGCGGUCACAGGGGUACGACAACAGUGAGUUAGAGCGGAGGGCGUGUGAGCGUGCAGGGUGGUGUGUUGGUAUGGGACAAUUCUAGCGUGAGGGCGCGUUGUGUGUGUGUGUGUGUGAACUCUGGGGACGUGGGCACAGCAUAUGACUUUGACGACUGUGCAGAUGCAGAACGGACACGCAAACAGUGGCAGUGGCAAGGCGGCAUGAAGGACGCACAUACAGCAGUUCAUGCUCCCAUGUAAAUACCUGAAGAU